CCUCUUUCAUAAGCCUCCUCCUCGCCUCACUCUCUAUCAGGACCUCUCCAGCGCUCCAUCAGGACUGUACCGGCUCUCUCGAUCCGGACUCCGCGGCUUUUCUUCCGUCAUGAUUCGGGUCUGUCCGCCCGCGUUCGUGUGGCUGCUGUUAGCGCUCCAGGCUGUUGAUGUGGUCAAGGCCAACUCUGGAGACAAUCUGGUUAGAAAAAGAAGAGAAUGGAUUAUCCCUCCAAGGGACCUGAUGGAAAAUGUAGACUACACUAAGAAGGACUUUGUUGCUAAGAUUCGAUCAGAUUUUGCUGCUCAGGAUGAUAUUGUCUACUCUCUAGAAGGCGUUGGUGCAAACAAGUAUCCCUUCCAUGUGUUUGUAGUUGAUGAAACAACUGGACUAAUUCGAGUGACUCAAGUGCUUGACAGGGAGGUCAUCCCUAUGUACAAUCUGUCAGGCGUUGCUCGGCACAGAGACGGCAGGCUAAUAGAGAAUCACAUUGACAUCCGAAUCAGGGUUACAGAUGCGAAUGACAACCCUCCAGUGUUCGGAAUCAUCAGGCCUGGGCAGGUGUACGAGCUCAGUCCUCCAGGGACUUCAGUUAUGAAAGUAACUGCAACGGAUGCUGAUGAACCAGGGAAUGAGAACUCUCAGAUUGCCUAUCGCAUCAUUUCUCAGACUCCAUCUGAUGACAUGUUCUACAUGACCAGAGAUGGGACCAUCCAUGUCAAUAAGCCUACCCUGGACAGAGAGAAAGUGGAUCAGUACACUCUGCUGGUGAAAGGUCAAGACUUAAAUGGCAAACCAGGGGGAAACACUGGAACCUCCACUGUUACCAUUAAUGUCCUAGAUGUAAAUGACAACCUUCCCACUCUGGAGAAAGAGCAGUAUGAGGGCAGCAUUGAGGAGAACAAAUAUAAUGUGGAGGUGAUGAGAAUCAAGGCAAACGACCUGGACCUGAUUGACACAGACAACUGGGAAGCUGUGUUUGACAUUGUCAAAGGCAACGAGGCGGGGUACUUCAGCAUUAAAACAGACCCCAAAACCAACGAGGGCAUCCUAAUGCUCGACAAGGCUGUGGAUUAUGAGGAUGUUAAAGACCUUGAACUUGGACUAGCUGUGAGAAACAAGGCUCCAGCAUACGAUGGAUCCUUGGCAAAUGGUGGAGCUAGUGUAGGUUUUGGAGGGGGAGCAGGUGGAGCAGGUGGAGCAGGUGGAGCAAGUGGAGCAGGUGGAGCAGGUGGUGCGACUGGUGCAAGUGGUGCAAGCGGUCCUGGUGUGGGAGGAGGAUCUGGAGGAUCAUCAUGGCAAAGUGGGACCACAUUGAAAACCUAUCCAAUCAAAAUCAAUGUGAAGAAUCAGCUUGAGGGUCCAGGUUUUAAUCCCAAAGUCAAAGCUAUUCCCAUCUCAGAGGGAGGCUCCAUCAACAUUAAUGAAGUCAUUGCCAGAUACCCUGCAAUAGAUGGAGAUACUGGGAAACCAGCCGAGAAAGUCAGGUAUGCCAAGAGCUCAGACCCUGAUAACUGGCUGACCAUCGAUCCAAAGACGGCUGAGAUCAAACUUAACAAGAUGCCUGACAGAGAGUCUGAAUUCCUGGUCAAUGGGACAUAUGUUGCUAAAGUGCUGUGCAUUACAGAAGACAUGCCAGCUAAAACAGUCACCGGCACCAUAGCCAUCCAGGUGGAAGAUUUUAAUGACCACUGCCCCACCCUGACCAGUGACGUCCAGACCAUGUGUACCACGGAUGAUUCUGUUAUUGUGAAUGCUAAAGAUGAAGAUUCAUUCCCUAACGGACCUCCUUUUGACUUUGAAAUCAUCCCAGAGGGCACUGAGGGUAAAUGGCAGGUGCAGCAUCUGAAUGACACUGCUGCUAUCCUGAGGGCCCAGGAGUCCAUGUGGCCUGGUUCCUAUGAGGUGAAAUUUGUGGUGAAGGAUGAGCAGGGCCAUGCCUGUCCAGAACCACAGACAGUGAAGGUCCAAGUUUGUACCUGUGAGGAUGGAGUUCUGUGUGGAAAACGAGGCUCCAACGGGCAGUCCAGCAAAGAAGCAGAGUUUGGACCUGCAGGCAUUGGACUGCUAUUCCUGGGCCUGCUGUUCUUACUACUCAUUCCUCUGUUGCUGCUCUUCUGCCAAUGUGGGGGGGCUGCGGGUCUGCCAGGGGGCUUUGCUGAGAUGCCGUUCGACACCAAAUCACACCUCAUUAACUACCGUACUGAGGGCCAGGGAGAGAACACGGAGGUGCCACUACUGAACAUGCCAACACAAGUGGAUGGAGAUGCGGUUAACAUGGAUAUGGGCAUGGCUAAGAAUUUUUCAGCAAUGGCGCCAAUGGCAGGGUUUGAUUUCCAGAAAUCUGUCACUUCCAUGGAUGGGAUGAAUGGGGCCAUCUAUACAGAUGGUCUUUCGAGUGGCCACAGAGAAGGAACAUGGGGGAUGAUGAACGCGGCAAGUGGCAGUGGCCUCUACUCUGGGUUUGAGGCCAGAGAAUCAAGAGUAGGUGGAGGACUUUAUGACGGAAUGGCUCUGCCAGACCAUUUCCUGGGACAGUACUAUUCUCAGAAAGUGUCCAGUGGAAGCGAGAACCUUGGAGUGAAGGAUGGGCUUCUGGUUUAUGACUACGAAGGCAAGGGCUCCUCUGCUGGCUCAGUGGGCUGCUGCAGCCUCCUGGAGUGUGACAAUGACCUGCAGUUCCUCGAUGACCUUGGGCCAAAGUUCAAGACCCUGGCUGAGGUGUGUGGAGGCAAGAAGAUUCAAACUGAAGUAACACAUGCAUUCACUCCAUCACCAGCUGCAUUAGUCAAUACUCAGAGCUCAGUAUCGAGUGUGGUGACUGCCCAACAGCUGCCCCCUCCACCCCAGCUGCAGCCCACUGUGCCCAAAACAGAGAAGACUGUGGUCAGGGAGACAUCUGAGCUUUCUCAGAUGGUGAAGGAAAGCACUGCCACAGUAAGACAAGGGAUGACCAAAGCGAAGAAAGGAAUAACAAAUCAAGGCCAGAUGCUCCUGCUACAACAGCAGCAGCCUGUCUACUACACCACCACCCCUGUGCUGCAGCCAGUUAACUACGUUGUCCAGCCACAGGUUCAGAACACCGUGCUGCUGGCUGAGGCACCAGCCACCAACCUGCAGGGCAUGGUACUGGUUAACGGCACCCAGACUGGACCUGCCCAAGGUGUGGUCGUACAGGGACAGACAGUGAUGUCCAGUGGACAAGCACAGGGCCCUGGCAUGAUGCUGGUGGAGAGGAGUGGGCUCCAGGGGGCUGGUGCCAAUAUGAUCCACACUGGCAACCUCCCUGCCUCCCAUGCCAUGAUGAUCGUGGAGGGCAAGGUCUCUGCAGGGUCAAUGAAAGUACUGAAAGGAAGCCAGACCUGCCUUGUGCCAGGGGGCACUGUACAGCCUGGUGGGCUUUCAGGAUCUCAGAGUGUCCUGGUGGUCGGAGGGCCACUAAACAACGGAGGGCAGCUGGUGCAGGAGGCAGGAGGCCUGUCCCAGAUGAGUGAUAUCUCUGGAUCUCAAAGAGUCCUCUACAACAAGGGCAGCACAUCCACUGGCUCUCAGAGCAUCGUAUUGGGUUCAUCGACCACCACAGUGAGCACAGCCCCCACCCAACGCAAGGUGAUAAUGCAGGAGACACGAGAAGUUCACUGAAUGAGACGGUGUCAGGACAACAGAGAACUUUUUCAGUGAUGUCAAUAAGACUGUUCCUUUGGCUUGGUCCAGGUGGUGAUGGGAUGCUUGUGGGACUCAAUUAAUGCAAGUCUUUAAAAUUGACAAUUUAAUUCUCCAGAAAAACAUUUAGGGUUCGGGGGACGAGGCAACAUUACAGCACAGUCAUUCCGCCAAACAAAGACAUGGGGAAAUAAGUAAAUCAAAUGUAAGCAAUAAAAUGGAAUAAAAACAGCGGUGUGGUGACACCGAAAACUAUGCUGACUUAGCUAGUGCUAGUGCUAACUUGCUCCACAUCGCAUAGUUCAACGCAUCCUCCUCUACUGCUCCACCUGCUUCUUUAAUAUGCUGUCAACCCCCACCAACAACAGACUUACACAAAUCACACACAAGGCUGCCAAGACCAUUGGCCUGCCAACCCCCAACCUUCUAGACCUCAACAGCACAGCCACUGCACGCAGAGCACACACCAUAGCACUUGACCCUGAUCACCCCCUCAACCCCCACUUUGUACUUCUGCCAUCUGGUCGCUGUUACAGGUCGCUGGCAUGGAAAAAAGUGGAGUUCAGCAGGAGUUUUGUCCCGUCUGCCAUAACAGAACUGAAUAGAACCUCCAAAUUGUAAUGUGCCUUGAGUUUGUGUGUUGGUUCAUGUAAGGUUUAAGAAUGUGCUGGUGGUGGGUGCAUGUUGUUGGAUCCAUGUAUGUAUCUCUCGAGUUCGAUGUAUUCUGUCCAGUUUGAUGUAUUGACACAUAAGGUGGAUACAAUUUUCCUUGCAAAGGACAAAUAAAUCUAAAUCUAAGAAUGUCACACACAGUUUAAGAUGAGUACAUCUUCAUUAUGUUUUAUAUAGUCUCAUGUUCUGUUGCUUUGUAUGAUCUCUUAUGCAGCUAAAUGCUGUCUGUUUGUCAAUAAAAGAAUAAAUACAACGAA